AUGAGAAAUCCUGAUAUAUUUGUCACUAAGCUUUGCAUGAUGAAACAUCCACUCAAUAAGUUAAUUCAUGAAGGUUGUAUAUUAGGGCUAUUUAGUCAUCGAGCUCCGAAAUUGGUAGAAAUGAGUCUGUCAUCGUUGGCAUCAUGCAGUGUUCUUGUAGCUGUCUUAUUGUUAACAACAUGGGACGUGUCAACUGUAUCUGCUUGCGACGAUUACUGUACUUGUAACAAUACGAUUGUAGUGUGUUCAGGUUUGGACAAGUUCCCACGCGAAGUACCAAUUGAAACUACUGUGCUAAAUCUGGAGAAUAAUGAUAUCGAUGAAAUUGAAAAAGAUGAUGUGUCGUCUUUGUCCAACCUUGUCGAGCUGAAAUUGGCCGGUAAUCCACUGGAAUGUGGAUGUGAUUUAUACUGGCUUAAAGUUCUUGUUGCUGGGGGUAACGUUUCUGUCACUGGGGCCGCGUGUCGUGUAUCUGAGGAUUCUGAUUUACUUCCUGUAAGCGAUCAACCAGAUACUGCGUUUGAAUGUCUCCCCCAAUGUUUGGAGGAAACAACGACUGAUGGCUACGGCACAUACAAAUGGGAUGACACCGAGGUUGGUAGCAUUGAUCGGGAAAAUUGUGAAGAUCAAAACAAUUUGAAGGCAACAAGAGAAUGCUUACAAAGCGAAACAUCGGGUGAUCCUGAAUGGGGCCAAGUUGAUUCCACUUUGUGUUCAUCAUCCGAUUUCACCGCGGAAUUUACCGACCUCGAGAAAAACAAAAAAACAGGAAAUGCUUAUGGUGUCGCUAAAAAACUGGAGAAUAUCACCUCCGCUUCACAGUAUUUUGUUGAAUCAGAUGUGUACUUGGCAGUUAAUCUAAUCGACGAUGCGCUACUUGAUGAUACAGAUGUUAACACGGCGACCGCUCUACUUAACAGUGUGGAUUCAUUAGAUAGGGUACCGUUCGGGAAGAUGGUGUCAGUUCAAAGAAGUCAAAAAACCGCUUCAAAAUUGAUUAACACCAUUGAGAAGUUAGCAAAAAGCAUUGAAGAGCCUAAAUCAUCUAUCAGGAUACCAAAAUCAUUAUUUGGUAGGGUCAGCGACUACAACCACGUCCAAUUUCUCUCAUUUAAGUCGAAAAAUGUAUUUUUGGCGGUAAGUGAAGCAUCUAACGAAACCCUUAUUGCUGAACCUGAGACGGUAGUUCUCGGAGCGAGUGUUGAGGACGCUGAGGUCAAUAGCUUGUCGGAAUCCGUAACGAUCAUACUCACCAAGUCCAAUGGGAAUUCUGAUAAUUUGGUAUGCGCGUUUUGGGAUAACACUCUCAAUGAUUUAGAGGACAACGAGAUAACCGAAAUUGAUUUUAAUGAUGUAUACUCAGUAAAAGAACUCACAGAACUGAAGUUGUCUGGUAACCCGUUGGAAUGCGGCUGUAAACUGAAAUGGCUUUACAUGGCGCUCACUGCCGGUGACAGUGACCUGGCAGGAGUAACUAUCACUGGCGCCGCUUGCAAGGUGACCGAUUCAGCAGAGUUGAUUCCAGUGGAAGAACAUAGCGAGACAGAUUUUGAAUGUGAAAAAAAUAGCGUUUCAAAGGGUCCAUAUUUCAAUUUAUCGGGAACCCCCGGAACUCCAUCUUUGGCGCGAGGAAUGCUCCCCCAUAUUCUCGUUUACAAGCAAGAAGACGCUGCUCAUCAGAAAACUGCUCCAGGGAUUGCCAAAAAGUUGUACAACUUGACGUCCGCUGCCGAGUAUUUUGCCGCCACAGAUAUGUAUUUGGCAGUUGAUGUGAUUGAUAGUCUGGUAAUUGGUGAUGAUUCCGGUACAAGUGAUGAAGUUGCGAGAGAUCUACUUAACAGCGUUGAUGAUUUAGUCAGAGUAGACUGGGGUGUGAUGGUUUCCAGCCAACGAAGUGGAAAGACAGCCUCAAGACUGCUUAAAGCGAUUGACAAGCUUGCUCGUAACGUGAAUUCUACUAUGAUUGACACAGAAAACAUAGGGAUGAACGUGGUCAGUAUUGAUCCUGAUGAUUUUGAUGGAAUGACAUUCGAUUCAGACAGUGGUGAACGAUCGAAUCGCAGAGCAUCCAUAAAAUUACCUGCUCUAUUACUGAGUGGUCUUCCAAGAGAACUGGUCAAGGCUCAAUUCAUUUCUUACAAGUCCAACAACUUCUUUAUGGCUGUGGAUGAAGCGUUAACCAACGAUACUUCCGAUGAAGCGGAAAGUGGCAGUAUGUAUGGAACAUUAAACAGUGCAGUAAUCGGUGCAAGCAUUGGUAAUGUCUCUAUCACAGAUUUGGAGGAACCCGUCAAGAUCACAUUAGCUAAGAUUAAUGGGAAAUCUGGAGAAUCCACAUGUGUAUUUUGGGAUUUUGAACUUAAUGAUGAUGAUGGUGGUUGGUCUCCAGAAGGGUGUUCCGUGUCAGACGACGGAGACGCAGAAGUUGUCUGUGAAUGCAACCACUUGACUAAUUUUGCUGUUCUUUCGGCGGAGGUUUCGAUGGCAGUUAAACUUAGUGGAUCGAUCAGUUUAUUUGUAUUGCUUGUCAGUACCUGGUUGUUUUCGACAUUGGUAUAGAAGGCACAGGACGAAUUCCAGUUUGGUGACGGCAUACAAUCGAAUGAUGUGAAUUUGAUAGCUUCAGUUCCUAUUAUAAUAACCAGAGAGAAAAAUAACUGUUAAAAAGACUUUGCUAGUUUGCAUUACAUUUUUUCACCAUUAAGAAUUUUCAAUUCAGUCAUAUAUACGCAAUAUCGUAAUUGUAUUUUUGAGAUUAAACAUUUUAGAAAAUAAUCGCACAAAGGACGCGACAAGUCUCGCACAUAUUAAUUUGUUAAUUAUUAUAAUGUUUAACUAUGUAUUUUUUAAAAGAUGGGGAAAAUCAGGUAUAACUUAGAUAUGUCAAA